AUGGAAGACAUUGCUCCCCGCAGAAAGAUCAUUGUCGCCAUAACGGGCGCAACAGGCGCCCAGAUCGGUAUCCGUAUUCUCCAGACCCUUCGCCGCCUCAACGUGGAAACGCACCUCAUCAUCAGCAAAUGGGCGGCCGAGACGAUCAAGCACGAGACGGACUACACGCCUUCGGCCGUCAAGGCGCUCGCGGACCACGCCUACAGCUCGCACGACCUCGCGGCGCCGAUCGCGAGCGGUUCGUACCGCGUCAACGGCAUGAUCGUCGCGCCGUGCUCCGUGCGGACGCUGGCGGCCAUCAACGCGGGCGUGUGCGACGAUCUCGUGACGCGCGCGGCCGACGUGUGUCUGAAGGAGCGGCGGAGGCUGGUGCUCUCGGUGCGCGAGACGCCCUUCAGCGAGAUCCACCUGCGGAACAUGGUCGAGGUGACGAGGGCCGGGGCCAUUGUCGCGCCGCCGGUCGUCGGGUUCUACACGCGGCCGUCGUCGAUUGACGAUGUCUUGGAUCAGAUGGUCGGCAGGCUGCUUGACCUGUUCGAUCUGGACGCGAAGAACUUUGAGAGGUGGGAGGGUAUGCAGAAGGGCUAG